GCCCCUAAUUAUUAUGACUUGCAACAAUAUGAAAUUGAGAUUUCAGUUGAAUGCAAAUUUUAUUUCCCACCCAAUGUAGGAUGUGAUAUGACAGAGGAAAUAGCAUUGGUCAAGAAAAAGAUUUAUGAUGACAUAGUAUUUAAAAAGGCAGAAACAGUGUAUGAUCCGGACAGUUUUAGAGAGUUUUGCAUAUCAGCAGGUGCAACAAAGUUAUUUGACACUAUUCUGGAUUCAGUCACUGGUUCUCAGCAUUCCACCGACCGCAUAUAUCUAAACGAAAAAAGGGUUGUUUCAUUCAUUUACAAUUUGUGCUACUACCUCAGCCAAACAUGCAAUCCUCUUCAAAUGGAUCAUGCUCUUUAUCUCACGAGUAAUCUCAUAAAUCAAGAGGGCAUUGAAACAGAACAUAUCAUGGGGCAUACAUGUUCCAGAAGAACUUUAAACAAUGUUAUGCACAAAAUGUCACAGUCUCAUUUCAAAUCUUUUGAAUAUUUUAUAUGUACAGCUACAGAUUGCAAAUGGCUAAUAGUGCUAAUAAUUGAUGAUUUCACAGCCAUUCACACAAAAAGAAGACCACAAGAGGAAAAAUUGUCAGAGGCAAAGACAAUGUGUACCAUAGUUGUUAAAGGUUUUAAAGAUAUUUCAGCUGUACCUGUAACACAUGCCCUUUGUACUCAUGACCAAAAUGGUAUAGAUAUUGAAGCAUGCAUACAACUAAUUACUGCUGCAUCAUCCAUGCACAACAUUAGUGAGAGUUAUGCUUCUGUGAUGCCUGACUGGCUCACUAAGGCAUUUUUUUAUUCCUGAAUUUGAGAGACAUAGAAUCAACAUUC